UCUCGUAUCUUAUCUCGUCAGCUUGUCGGGUGUCUUGACAUCAGGAGGUGAUUUUGUCUGCAAAUUCCGUCGAUUUCGGCGUUUUGUGGGCCGCUGCGUGGUGGUUGUGAGCGAAGGGUACGACUUCGAGAGGUCGAGAUGCUUCAGGAUGACAGUCCGGACGCCUCAGAGCAAAGCGCCGUUAAUAAAAAGUCAAACAAGUCUGAAACCGUGGAUUUGACGGACAACUCAUUGGUGGUCGAUAUUUCUGACGCGCUGAGCGAAAAGGACAAAGUCAAGUUCACCGUGCACACCAGGACUUCACUUCCGGAGUUUGCCAAAACAGACUUUCUUGUUGUCCGACAGCAUGAGGAAUUCGUGUGGUUGCACGAUCGAUUUGAAGAAAACGAAGACUACGCUGGAUACAUUAUUCCACCUGUUCCUCCAAGACCUGAUUUUGAUGCGUCGAGAGAAAAACUUCACAAGCUUGGCGAGGGAGAAGGAACGAUGACCAAAGAAGAGUUUGCAAAAAUGAAACAAGAGCUCGAGGCCGAGUAUUUGGCGACCUUUAAGAAGACUGUUGCCAUGCAUGAAGUGUUUCUUAUCCGCCUUGCAAAUCAUCCCAUCUUCCGAAAUGACCAUUUCUUCCGUGUCUUCCUUGAAUAUGACCAAGAUCUUUGUGUAAGAGGCAAAAACAAGAAGGAGUUGUUUGAAGGGCUUGUGAAGUCGUUUUCAAAAUCGUCAGACGAGCUUCUUCUGUCGGCCACUCAGAAAGACAACGAUGAAUUUUUCGAAGCAGAGAAAGAUUUUUUGCUCGAGUACCACUCACACUUGAAAGAUGCAACGGCCAAAUCUGAUAAGCUGACCAGCAGACAUCAAGAUGUGGCAGACUCGUAUAUAAAAAUUUCAACUGGUCUCAAUCAGCUGGCCACCAGUGAUCACUCCGAUUUGGAAAAAUUCUUCACUAAAGUGUCUGACACCUUCGAAAAAGCAAGAAAAUUGGAAGGUCGAGUGGCGUCCGACGAGGAUCUGAAACUUUCGGACACCCUGCGCUACUACAUGAGAGACUCAUUUGCUGCCAAACAGCUCCUAUACCGGCGCCUAAGGUGCCUUGCCGAUUAUGAGCAGGCCAACAAAAACCUGGACAAGGCCAGGACUAAGAACAAAGACAUUCAUGCUGCUGAACUGGCUCAACAACAAGCCUGUGAUAAAUUUGAACAGAUAUCCAUAAAGGCUAAAGAAGAAUUGGUCGAGUUCAAAAAGCGUAGAGUUGUAGCUUUCAGAAAGAAUUUGGUGGAGAUCGCCGAACUCGAAGUCAAGCAUGCAAAGGCGCAGGUUCAGCUGCUCAAGAACUGCCUGGAGAGCUUGAAAGAGGAGAUGGAAUGAUCACCGCUGAUUGCCACAGCAAGGAGGGCGGAGCCUUUGAGCCUCAGUCCCCUUGCUGAAACUUGCACCAGUUACAUUUGAGGCCUGCUGCUAAAUUAGGACUUGCUAUUCUCCAUACAGGUGUGUCACGAUAAUCGAUUUUUGCUAUAUUUCUAAAACCAGUGCUGCUGGUUGUUGUUGAGUCUCAAAAUUGUUUCAAAACCAGCACGUCCAGCCUGGAAAACCAAAGCAACUCAAUCAUCAGACUGCUCUUUACUUUUAGAACCUAAAUAAAUGAAAAAUUGCUUGGUUUUCCAUAAUUUCUGUGAGGUGGGUCAAUUUUCUGUUUAAAUCCACUAUUUAUGCCAUUUUGAGUGAAUUUCUCUUUGGCAUGGCACUCUUUCUCAUUGCCAUAGGAGUCCAACUAAUUUUCCGUGCUAUAGAAUGAAGUUGAGAAUAUUGUUGGUGCAAUUUGAAUCAUAUUUUAAACAUUCCUUCAUUCUGACAGUAAUGUAGUGUAGCUUCCAUUAAUUGGCUUUCAUGUCCAUAACAAAGCCAGAUCACUUUGUAACAUUCUUUAAGCGCUAUCGUGUCGCCUCUUCUCAAGUUUUAAUGAUCAUCGUUUAUAAAGUUUGGUCUGUCGAUGUUAUUAUUUUAAGAAAAGUAUAUUUUUGAGCAGUUUAUUUGGCAUGUCUCAGAUGUGUGAAUGAUGUGUCACCAAAUGGUAAAUCUAAUGCCUAGUAAACGAUUUAUGACCGUAUUUAAAGAGUGUUUCUUAAUCAAUUCUUUACAUUUAUAUUUUGUUAUUAUUCUAAAUUAAAAGUCUUAUUCAUCUAUUCUUUAUAUUGGAAAUUUCAGGAAUUAUGUGUUAAAAACUUGUAUGGCUGAUGAAAAUCAGGUGAUAUUGAAUU